AUUGACAAAAUUAGCAAAAGAUCUAAAAGGAGUAUCAAAUCUUCAGCAAUGCAUGUUGAAACAGCAGUAUUUAUAGACAGAGAGUUGUACCAACAUAUGUCUGCAAAUUAUCCAAAAAAUACCGAAAGGGAACUACUGAGAUUUGUCCUGGCGAUGAUAAAUGGGGUUCAAUUACUAUACCACGAUCCUUCCCUGGGUCACCCAGUAAAUUUUCUACUAAAACGAUUAGAAAUUUUGCACGAAGAUCCAUCAGGACUUCGACGUCCACAAGAUAUUGAUGAUUUUUUGAGCAGUUUUUGCGGUUGGCAACGUCAGGAAAAUCCGAUAGCCGAUAGCGACCCUUUGCACUGGGACCAUGCCCUUAUUUUAACCGGAUUGGAUUUGUAUGUGGUCAGCAAAGCUGGGAAACUUAGCCAUCAAGUCGUCGGGCUAGCACCAGUUGGUGGAAUGUGCACAACAACCAGCAGUUGUACUGUAAAUGAAGGCAGACACUUUGAAAGUGUUUAUGUUGUUGCUCACGAAAUUGGCCAUAAUUUAGGGAUGAGGCACGAUGGGCCCUUAGCAGACAACGAAUGCGAUCCCACAAGUUACAUAAUGUCACCAACGUUGGGUAGUGGAAAAAUCACUUGGUCCAUGUGUAGCAAACGAUAUUUGCAGAAAUUUUUAGAUUCAACCCAGUCCCACUGUUUGCUAGAUCAUGGAAGUUCAGCAGGUCCCUUAGAUCAUUCGGCAGAAGGAUCUUUGCCAGGCGAAAGAUUUAACGCAGACCAGCAAUGUAUGUUGAAGUACGGAGCAGGCAGUUCACAUAGUUUGUUGCAAUCGAGUGAAGAAAUUUGUCGAGAUUUGCAUUGCAGACGUGAAAAAUAUACGUGGACGUCACAUCCAGCGUUAGAAGGAACUCAAUGUGGAUUUAAUAUGUGGUGUCGUGGUGGAGAAUGCGUCCUCCGAUCGCCUCCAGUUUCGGCAGAUGACGUAAUGUCGUCAUCCUACACCCAAGGGCCAGCCUGGACGCCCUGGAGCCCUUUCUCAGAAUGUGCAUCUGCUUGUCUGGAUGGCCCUGAUGGCCAUCAAAAUUCGGCUUUAGAAGAAGGAAGCACUGGUGUCCGAAUUAGCAUGAGGAAAUGCAACCUGCACAGAUUUCAGAAUAGUGAUCCGGCGUGCAAGGGUCAUGACAAAAAAUAUCUAACAUGUAACGCACCACAGUGCGAAGACAUAAAUCGAAUGACCGUCGAAGAAUUUUCGGACGAAAUUUGCACCAGGGCUCGAGACGUCGAUUCUGAGUUGACAGGGCGCAGUGUUUUGAUACAAGAUAGAAACCCCGUGGAUGCCUGUGCCGUUUGGUGUGCUACUCGAGGAGGUGGCCGAAAAAGUAGAGGUUGGUCUUUACCCGAUGGUACGUCCUGCAGAUCUGGAGUGUCUAGCAAACCUGGAAGUGCCUCCGGAUUUUACUGCAUUUCUGGACGUUGUGAGGAAUUUAAAUGCAAAGUCAACUCAGAUUCAAGAUUCCAACUAUCUGCUGAAUAUUGUCAAGGAUUCAGCAACCGCGUCGACCUGUGGGAUAAACCUGAAAUAUAUUCCCGAGGCAACUACAAAGGUAAACGUGGCUUGGCUUGGCAGCAAAGUGGCUCCUGCCAUUACAAUUGCAUGGAAAGUGGUAGCGGAAUUAGACUUAUUACUUCCAAAAGUAAACCAAAAAUGAGUAACAUCCAAUUGUGCCAUCAAAAUAUAAAUGAGUGUACUAGGGUUUGGUCAACAUUUCAAUAUGCUACUGCCAUUUGUACAAAAUAUAAGGAACGGGUCAAACGUUUGUCUGGUUUGGGGAUGCAAAUAUCUCCUACAACUGAUGAGAAACACAGAGCUUGUCGGGUCGCUUGUCAGGAUGAAAAACUUCAACACAGGUUUUACCUAGUAAAUGGACCAUCAGGAUGGUUUCCAUUUGGCACCGAUUGCAGUAGAGGAAGACCUAUAAGGGCAUACUGUGUGAGCGGACAAUGUUUGGAAUUUGGAACCGAUGGCAUACCGAUUUCUGAUACAUCGUGGCUACUAAAAUCCAAUACGCCAAAUAUAAUGAGGCUGAGAUAA